UGACCCCAUCUUGCAUGUUCCCUUUCAGACUGAUGCAAUUUGUGCCGAAGUAGCUGAAUACGGGCUUCGUGUCUGCUCGUGGUUCAGGCGCCAUCCCUAAAAUGAGACAAAACGAUCUUACCUCAGACAUACCUGCUAAUUGCAUUCUGUUACUCCUCAGCCUGUCUCUGCUUCCAUUAUGAUGAACCUUCCAACUGUGCACAAGGACGUGUUGUCCUUUGCCUUUGAUCACUCGGUUGACUAUGACAAGAGCCAGCCACUCUAUAUUGAUGCAAGAAAUCCAUCGCGCAGUUUAAAUGCCAAUCAGUUACGUCGAAUAGUGCGGGCUUUGAUCGCAGGCCUCAGGCGGUAUAUUAAGCAAGGAGAGUGUGUGUUGGUUCAUCUGGGCAAUAGCUAUGUUCACUCAGCUCUCUUCUUCGGCAUAAUAGGAGCCGGGGGUGUUUACAUGGGUGCCAGCCCCGAUAGCCCACCUCAUGAACUAGCCAAUGUUCUUGAGCUGGGGAGGCCAAGUUUAAUCAUUACGACGAACCAGACGCUUCAUGCUGUCUUGAGUGUUGCAACCAGCAAAGGCCUCGGUCCGGAGCAAAUCUGCCUGUUUGAAGAAUUGACUAUCACUAGCUUUCUAGAGUCAAACCUCAGUUAUCGUCGCCAAAAUGCUGAAACCAUCACAUUAUACGACCUUCUCGCCUGCGGCGACGAGGAUUGGAUCCAGUUCGAUGACGAAUCCCUGGCCAAAACCACUCCAGCCGCUAUGUAUUGCACCAGUGGCACCAGUGGGCUUCCCAAAGCCGCCAUUAUCUCGCACCAGGCCGUUGUCUCCCAGCAUCUUAACAAGCAAUAUGAGGUUCCAUACGCUAUCAGAAGACUGGUCACUGUUCCAGUCUACCAUCGCUUCGGGGCACUGUGGCACGCAUUUCCCAUCCGUCAAGGAGAGCCAGCGUACUUCCUGCAAAAGUUCGAACUGAAUCACUUCCUCGACGCGGUUCACAGCAACAGAAUAACAGACGUAUUUAUUGUGCCAGCAAUAGUUCACCUCUCACUUCAGUCCUCUCGGCCGGUGGCGGAGCUCCUUUCAUCUCUGCGUAUGGUAGGCGUCUCAGGCGCGCCCGUAGACACGGGAUCAUUGCAAAAAUUCCAAGAACUGCUACACAAACAAGCUACUGCGGCGCAAAGCUGGGGCAUGACAGAGACCGGCCCAGUAUUUGUAUGCAGGUAUGGAGAGCGCGUCGAUAAAGGAAGUAUCGGAAAGCUUGUCGGGAUAAACGAGGCAAGACUCAUCGACGACGAAGGCAUGAUAAUAACUAGCGACAACUGUCCCGGUGAGCUAUACGUACGAGGUACGGGAUUAUUUUUGAACUAUAAGGGACGAGAUGACGGAGUCGACGCAGAUGGAUGGUUUCGAACAGGGGACGUGGCCUACCGACAAAACGAGUACUACUACCUGUUUGGCAGAGUCAAGGAAAUUAUCAAAAGCACCGAACUGCCCCGAGCCUUUGUGGUCAAAUCAUCAGCUUUUAAGGCCAAUCUGACCGCAGAUGAAGUCUACCAAUUUGCAAAAUCCCAGUUAGCAGGCUACAAGGCUCUAGAUGGAGGCGUGGUAUUUGUCAGUGAUAUCCCUCGAACUGCGAGCGGGAAGAUCCUACGGGACAAGUUGGCACAGAUGAAUGCUCGACGGGAGAAGAUCGCCCAGGUACUUUCUCGUCGGGUUAUCAAGGUGGUCACUUGA